AUGGAUCGCCCUGGCUUCAUUGAGACUCCCGGCGGCCGUCGCGCCACUCGCAGCAGUUCUGUCUUCGAUGGUAGCGAGAAUGAGGUCUCUCCUUCCCUAGAGAGAGCCAAGUCCGCCUCCCGUCGUCGUACUUCAGGCAAAGUCAAGACUGAAGAGGAUGAUACGCCAGUGAAGCUUACCAAUGGCAAGACUACGAACCCCAAGUCCGCAUCGCGCGUGGUGGACGGUUGGGAGGAAGGCCUCGAUCCCAAGGUUGAUUACAGCGGACACUUUGAAUUCGGUGGCUCCUUGGGUGUGCUGUCCAUGAUGAUCGGAUUCCCCAUGCUCAUGUACUAUAUGUGGAUUGGUGCUACCUACUACGACGGCAAGUUCCCUCGCCCCGCAAAGAACGAGAGUUACGGCGACUUUUUCACACACUUGGUCAAUCUGGUCUACACUGGCGCUUUCCCGUCGGUUAAGGCAUGGACUAUCUACUGGGUUUUCUUCAUCUUCGAGGGUGUCUGUUACGUGCUUCUUCCUGGUGUGAGCGUCUCAGGCCGCCCCCUGCCACACAUGGGUGGUAAGCAGUUGCCAUAUUACUGCUCUGCUGUGUGGUCUUUCUACACCAGCAUUGCAUUGGCACUCAUUGCACACGUAACUGGGGUCUUCAAGCUGUACACCAUCAUUGAUGAGUUCGGCCCCUUGCUCACUGUUGCCAUCCUGUCUGGAUAUAUCGUAUCUUUCAUCGCCUACUUCUCGGCUUUGGCGCGUGGCGCAGAGCACCGUAUGACUGGCUACCCGAUAUAUGACUUCUUCAUGGGCGCCGAGCUCAACCCCCGCAUGUUCAAGAUCCUCGACUUCAAGAUGUUCUUCGAGGUCCGCCUGCCUUGGUACAUCCUGUUGGGCCUGUCUCUGGGUGCCGCUGCCCGUCAAUGGGAGAUGUAUGGUUAUGUGUCUGGCGAGGUUAUGUUCCUUGUCAUGGCCCAUUACCUUUACGCCAAUGCCUGCUCCAAGGGUGAGGAGUGCAUUGUUUCCACCUGGGAUAUGUACUACGAGAAGUGGGGCUUUAUGCUGAUCUUCUGGAACUUGGCCGGUGUGCCUCUGAGCUACUGCCACUGCACCAUUUACCUCGCCAAUCACGACCCUGCUGAAUACCGCUGGAACCGUUACUUUCUUGCCUUCCUCUUCAUCGCCUACCUGUUCGUCUACUGGGUGUGGGAUACUACCAACAGCCAGAAGAACCGUUUCCGCCAACAGGAGCGUGGUACCAUGGUUUCCCGCAACACCUUCCCCCAGCUUCCUUGGCAGACAGUGGAAAACCCCAAGACUCUUACUGCGGCCGAUGGCUCAAAGAUUCUUGUAGACGGGUGGUAUGGUAAGGCUCGCAAGAUCCACUACACGUGCGAUCUUUACUUUGCCCUGAACUGGGGCUUGAUUACCGGCUUCUCAAGCCCGUUCCCUUGGUUCUAUCCUGUCUUCUUCGCUUGCAUGAUCAGCCACCGUGCUCUUCGUGAUAUCCAGCGGUGUCGCACCAAGUACGGUGAGACUUGGCUCGAAUACGAACGUCAGGUGCCUUACCUGUUCAUUCCUUACGUCUUUUAA